UUGUCUUUAGCUUUCUUUUCCUUCUUCUCUCAAUGAAAAUGCUCUUUGCCUCCCAACCAACACUUUGAUGCCUCUCAUCUAACGUCACUGUAUUUGCGGGUUUCUCUCAUCUUGUCUUCCAACUAACUAGGGUUUUCCUCCUUCUCAACCUCUCACAUCAAAUUACCAAUUCCUCAACAAUUCUCUCUCGCUAUUCGUUUCAGACACUUGAUUAAAGAUUAGAUCCAUCUUGCUAGCUAGCUAGCUAGAGCCUGCGUCCAAGGGGCAAGAAGGACAUCAAUUUACAGUAUCCUGCUAGCUAGCUGCCUUGUUCAAGUAAACCUAGCAAAGCGAGGGGAGAUAUAUAGAUAAUCAAAAUGGCCUCUUCUUCAAGCUACUCAAAUUCUCCAUGUGCCGCGUGCAAGUUUCUGAGAAGGAAAUGCAUGCCAGACUGCAUAUUCGCGCCAUAUUUCCCACCAGAAGAGCCUCAAAAGUUUGCAAAUGUUCACAAAAUAUUUGGAGCCAGCAACGUGAGCAAGCUGCUGAACGAAGUGCAGCCACAUCAGAGAGAGGAUGCUGUGAACUCUCUAGCUUAUGAAGCCGAAGCAAGGAUUAAAGAUCCUGUGUAUGGCUGUGUAGGAGCCAUUUCUGUGCUCCAGAGGCAAGUCAUUAGGCUUCAGAAGGAACUUGAUGCCACUAAUGCUGAUUUGAUUCGCUAUACCUGCAAUAAUAAUGAAAUGCCUUCUGGUCAAGCUUCUGCAAGAAGGAUGGGUGAUGAUCAAGGAGGAGCUGGUUCUACGUCUCUUGGUCAAUCUCCUUCUGACUUUUAUUAUCCUUCUCCUUGGAAUCAUUACUAGUAGAGUCAAAUAAUAUCAUUGCAGAAACCCUUACCUACUUCAACUUUUAAGUCACUUGCAAAGAAAUUUCUUGAAUUUUUGAAAUCAUAAAAAUAAGUUUCUCAAUUUUAGUUAAAUCUUCAGUUUUUCAAAGACGUAGUCUUGGAAUUGAUGUGGCAAAGCCUUCGGUUAACCUUGUUCCCUAUGCCAUGUGCUUCUAAACAGAAGAGUCUAUGUGAAUAAGCAACAAAUUAUUAAAAGUGAAAUAGCUAGAUAGCAUGAAGACUCAUCAGCAUGAUCAGUAGGUCCCAUAAAGUGUAAAAAUUGAUGAAUUUAUUUCCUGAUUCUGAAAGUUUAAAAUGUUAUUUGCAAGUGACGACUGAAGUAUUGAAAGUAUAUAGGGUUUUUUGCAUUAUUCCUUAAUUAUUACCAUAUAUAUUCAUCAUCAUUGAGUGGUGGGGGCAAUUAAUUAAUCAACACGUAAUUCUUAAAUCUUGUAUCUCUGUGCAUUUUACAUAUAUAGUCUCAUAUAUUCCUAUUAAAUCAAGGGUUGUAACCAUCUAUAUAUAGGUUUCUUCUUUAUAUAUGUUCAAAUGAAUUGGGGUGUGUGUAUAUGGGAUAUGAAGGUAGGAGGAGAGGCAGGUACGGCAUGUUAUUGUCGUGUAUAUAUAUUGUAAUUAUUAAUAUUGUGUGAAGGCCCUCUAUUAUUUAUGUAUAUAUGGCACAUUGUGGAGUACAUGUCUUAUCAA